UCCAAACCUUUGCUUGCAGAAGUGGCAAUGUUGCUUCGGUUGGGACAACUUCCAUUAUGCCCCAAAGUCAUCAAAUUGCAUGAUUGGAUUGAGAAUAAGAGGAGCUUUGUGCUCAUAAUGGAGUACCCAGAACCAUGCCAUACCUUGAAUCAACACAUCAUGUAUUCAGACAACAUGAAUGAAGGAAAAGCACGCUGGUUAAUCUGUCAGUUAAUCCAAGCUGUGAAACACUGUAUUGACCGUGAAGUCUUCCAUGGUGAUAUCCACACAGGGAACAUCCUGUUGACUGACCCCAGUUUAGAGCUCAAACUAAUUGACUUUGGUUGUGCUCAUCCAAUCAGCAGUGAGGGCAAUCUCAGCAGUGAAUAUCGAGGAGCACCACUCUGCACCCCACCUGAGGUCAUAAGGAAUACCACAUUCCACGCUAACCCAGCAUAUGUCUGGGCAGUAGGUGCUGUGCUCUUUGAAAUCUUGCAUGGAUAUUUGCCCUUUGAAAGCCAAGAUAAAAUACUGCGUGGCUACGUUCAAGCAAAACCGACUUUAUCCUCAGCAUGCCGUGACCUGAUUUUCCAGUGUUUGAUCCGCAAUCCAGCUAACAGACUGAUGCUGCAGCAUCUAGAAGAGCACAGGUGGUUUAAUAACUAG